UUUUCCACGUCAGCGGUUGAACUUUUACCUCAAGUCGAGUGUAAAGAACCGGUUAGACAGCAUCUACAGACAUGUCGAGUGUGACACGGGCAGGUCAGCACUGCAAGCUUGAAGAUCUCACAGCGUCAGAGACUACCCUGGUGACGAGACGAAAAUGACAAGUCACAAUCCACCGCGUGUCCUGUUGCUGGUACCGCUAACAGUGGUUCCAUUCCUGCUGUACUACACAUCGGACCUCCUUACUCCUGGUGACAUGUUGUUCUGGAAAAAAGUUGAAAACCGCAGAAAUACUACCAGCUCUCUCCUCGAGCUCAAAGACGCAGACAGUGUCUACAGUGGAAGACUCGAGGGAGUUACCGGUACUGCAAACUCAUCCAUGGAAAAGCCUAAUGCUGGGAAAACAAGGGCAUUACAGAAAUUUAGAUCUUACGCUCAGCACAUACCGAAGGAAGAGGUCGCUCAGAAGAAGUUCCUAGCCGACCAGGCAGCCGUACGGUCCAUACCGACGGAAGCACCUGGAUGGGUCUACAACAAAACAGCCGCGGAUCUAUUCCGGAACACAAUGAUAAGAGACAGACGCUUUGUGAACGGGAACUUUCUGGUCACACAGAAAAGCGUGAAGAAAGUCAUGAAGACCUGGGGCAGGACAACCAAGAUAAUCAAAGUGCCAAAAGACGUCUUCAAGGGAUUUCCUAAAGAGAGUCCAUUCAAGAACAAACGCUUCAAUACUUGCAGUGUGGUAGGGAACGGAGGAAUACUGACGGGAAGCGGCUGUGGAAAGGAGAUAGACGCCUCUGAGUUUGUGUUAAGGCUCAACAUGGCUACGAUGGACGAGAAAUAUUUGGAGGACAUUGGAAAGAAAACCAAUCUGAUCACUAUCAACCCCUCCAUGAUCAGCUACAGAUACUUGUACACUAGAAAAAAGGUAAAGACUAUAAAUGUUAAAGCCUUGAUGUCUGACCUGUCAGUAUACGGAGACAGCUACCUCUGGAGCUGGGCCUUUGAGGGUCUCGAUCAGACAAAGAUUGUUUUCAAAGCACAGCAAGCUCUGCAAGCCAACAGCGCCCGGGUUCAGGUUAUCUUCCCAUAUCCAGUUCUAACAGGAUCGUUGAUAUCGUUUUGGAGAAAGAAUGGUGUCAAUGGGAAGAAGGCGACGACAGGACUGCUACUGGUGGGUUUGGCCACACAGAUGUGCGAAGAGGUGCGCUUGUACGGCUUCUGGCCCUUCCACUCCGACAGGAACAACAGACACCUGACUGAGCAUUACUACGACAAUGCCUUCCCCACCAACGUUCACAGGAUACCUGAUGAGUUCAGGCAACUGCAGCGUCUCCACAACACCGGGGUUCUUCGUCUCACCACCCACACAUGUCAAUGAGCGGAGGAUGCUUAUGAUCAUGUACUAGAAGUAGAUACAGUGAAACCUGUCGGAGCAACCACCAGGCGCAGGCCACCACCUGCCGUCAGAGGACACAUUGAAACAGUCCCGUCCAUAUUUACAUAGUUAAGACCCCCUCCCAAGCAACCACCUGUCUUCCCCAACAGGCAAUAACUUUUUUAAAGUCCCAAUGGGGCAUUCAACCUGCCCAGAACAACCAAAAUUGACUGGCAGCAGCUAGCAGCCAUUUUAUAUGAAGAAUUAUGUAGGCACAGUUACCCUGGACUUAGAGACUUCUUUUCUUUAUGUAAGGGAAUAUCAUAAUCAUAAUAAUCAUAAUAAUCAUAAUAAUCAUGAUAGUCAUGAUAUUCAUAAUAAUCAUAAUAAUCAUAUCAAUCACAAUAAUCAUAAUAAUCAUAAUGAUCAUAAUAAUCAUAAUAAUUAGUUACCAGUCGCUUAUUCAAUCUAGUACACUCUGAUAUAUUAUGGCUGUCUGUAUGUAAAACUGCUCAAUAUCAAUUGCUUGCAAUUCUAUAAAUAUACCACAAUCAAAUGAAUAAAAAUCACAACGCGCCCAACAUUUGUAUUUUUUUAAGCUAAAUCAAAUUUUACGCCACGUCAAUCUGGCGUUUGAAUUACGACUUCAGCGUAUCUAUUCCGCAUGAGGUGCGUAUGAUUUGUAUAUGAAGCGCGCAACCAAAUUUUCCUUGCGAAUAGCUGUGUAUGAGGUACGCAUGUUGAGCGUUAUCCGGACGCACACAACGUCUCCCAACCGCAUACCUGACGCACCUGGUUCUGAUUGCAUUCCGAGCGCAUUUCAUCUGUGUCAAAGUCAGGUGUUUCUGUUACGUGUACUUUUGUUUGUGAGCAAUGCCAAUUGAGCAUUUUGUGUCAGAGGAACACUUUGUACUACGUACGUAUACUUAAGUUCACAAGCAGUGCAAAUAGACCAUUGAUAAGUAAACAGUGAAGAGUUUUUUUUACUAAUUUGUGAAGUAGUGAGGCAGUGACCGUGUACUUUUACAGUAAU